GCAGCAGCAGUUGUAUUAGUAGUUGUAGUAGUAAUAGUAAUAGCAGUAGUAAAUAUGUAUGAGCAGUAGCGGCUGCUGUUUUAGCAGCAUUGAAAUAAUUAUUGGUUUUUGUACCGGCACCAAUAGGACUACUACCAGCACAGCAGCACCAUUAUAAUCUUAAUAGACCACAGGCAGCGCUCUGGACUGUUGUUGUCACCACCACCACCACCACCAACACCACUACCACGGUCAUUCUGUCCAAAAUCUCACGGAUUUUCCACCCUGACCCUGACCCCCCACCCCUUCCCAGUCAAAGAAGACCAGUUGGUAAUUACAUACAUACACACAUUUUAUAUAUAUAUAUAUACAUAUAUAUAUAUAUAUAUAUAUGUAUAUGUAUAUGUGUGUGUGUGUGUGUACUUCAUUCCCAAAAAUAAACCCGAAGUUAAAACUCCAUAAUCAUAUAACCCAAACCAAACUACCCGACUAAACUAACUAAACAAGCAAGCACCAACCAACCACACAUACACACACACCCACACCAAACUACCCCUACCAUAAGUUCGUUACCAUUAUUUCUUUCGAUCUGAGCCCCCCAUCAAAGCCAUAACAGUUCUCUCUCACUCUCUUUCUCUCUCCUUAUUUCCUGUUUUCAAUUUUUACAACAAUAUGGACUUCGUUUCGAAUGUCAACAACCUUUCAUAAAGGAGUAACUGCAACCAUGCGCGAUGGAGACUUCUGCGCCAGAAAGUGGGUACAGUGGAGACCCAAAUGUACUGUUUGACCAGUUUGUGAAUGCAGGGACAUGUAAAUCUAUCUUACAUACAUUCCAACUACUCUGCGAUUCCUUGGAGAUUAAACAGACGGAUCACCGACAUUUCUAUCGAAGGUUGAAAUUGAGAUUGACAUCAUGGAAAGCUCAGUCACUGUGGGCCAAGCUGGACAAAAGAGCAAGCCACAAGGAAUACAGAAAAGGCGAAGCUUGCGUAAAUACCAAGGUACUCAUCAUUGGUUCAGGACCAUGUGGUUUGAGGACAGCAAUAGAGAUUGCUCUGUUGGGUGGGAAGGCCGUGGUGUUAGAGAAGCGAGAUAGUUUUUCUCGUAACAAUGUUCUACAUCUUUGGCCAUUCCUGAUAACUGACCUGAAGAAUUUUGGUGCCAAGAAGUUCUUUGGGAAAUUCUGUGCUGGUUCCAUUGAUCAUAUAAGUAUCCGUCAACUUCAGUGCAUUCUGUUAAAAGUUGCUCUUAUUUUUGGUGUGGAGGUGCACUACAAUGUAUCGUUUGAGAAUCUUUUAGAACCCCCGGCUGAUCAAAGCAAAGAAAAAAUUGGAUGGCGUGCACUGGUUAUUCCGGCAAACCAUCCUGUAUCAGAAUAUCAAUUUGAUGUUCUUAUUGGUGCUGAUGGCAAAAGAAACACAUUGGAAGGGUUUCAGAGGAAAGAAUUCCGAGGCAAACUGGCCAUUGCUGUGACAGCAAACUUCAUCAACCGAAACACACAAGCUGAGGCUCGAGUAGAGGAAAUCAGUGGAGUUGCAUUUAUUUACAAUCAAAAGUUCUUUCAUCAGCUUAAGGAAAAGACUGGUAUUGACCUUGAGAACAUCGUCUACUAUAAAGACGCCACACAUUAUUUUGUAAUGACAGCGAAGAAACAGAGCCUGCUUGAUAAAGGCGUUUUGAAGCAUGAUUAUUCUGACACUGGUUCACUCUUGUCACGGUCCAACGUUGACCAAGAAGCAUUAUUAACUUAUGCCAGAGAAGCAGCUGAUUUUUCUACAAACCACCAGCUGCCUCACAUGGAUUAUGCGGUCAACCACUAUGGGCAAGCAGAUGUGGCCAUGUUCGAUUUUACUUCCCUUUUUCAAGCAGAGAACGCAUGUCGUGUUUUAAGUAAACAUAAUCAUAGAAUGAUUAUGGCGUUAGUGGGAGAUAGUUUAUUGGAGCCUUUCUGGCCGACUGGAUCUGGUUGUGCACGUGGAUUUCUUAGUGCCCUCGAUUCAGCUUGGAUGAUACGAAGCUGGGCAGGAGGCAAGUUGACUCCACUGCAAGUAAUAGCUGAGCGCGAGAGCAUCUACCGAUUACUCUCUCAGACAAAGCCAGAGAAUAUCAACAAGAACUAUAAUUUAUACACAAUUGACCCCAACACUAGGUACCCCAAUCUAAAUUCAAAUUAUUUUAGAUCUGAACAAGUUCGUCCAUUGUAUAUAUGUGAUGAGGAAGAUGAAUAUCUAAAGAAUGAAAUAAACGAGCUUCCACUCAAGAAGCCGCGAAAUGAUGAUUUUAUUGACAGCUACACAUUGCUACGAUGGUGCCAGCGUGUACUCAACACUGGUAGACACCAGUCUGUAAAUAUUAUAGAUUUUACUUCCUCUUGGAAGUCUGGGUUGGCACUGUGUGCCCUUAUACAUACAUUCAGACCUGAUCUCAUUGAUUUUAAUAGCCUCAACAAAUCCGAGGUGGUAAAGAACAAUCAGCUUGCUUUUGAUUUAGCCGAAAAAGAAUUUGGUAUCUCACCUGUGAUGACUGGGCAAGAGAUGGCCGAGUGUGAUGAGCCUGACAAACUUGCCAUGGUUUCCUAUCUCUCUCAGUUCUAUGUUAUUUUCAAGAAAGAAAAACAUCCAAAAUUGGAAAAUAUUGCUCUCACUCCAGAAGAAGGACCGAAACCAUACAGAUCUCCAUCUCAUCGUUUGUCCCUUCUGCAGAAGAUAAGCAACCGCUUCUCUAAACACAAAAGACUCAGCCGAAGUCGAGAAGACGAGCAUUUAACCUUUGGCAGUGCACAUGCCACUGGCGAACUGAAAGAGAAUCGGGCCCCUGUUGAGUUAAAAAGCUAUUCAAAACUUCCUAUUAAUGAAAUAAGCAACCGAUUAACAUCAAAUUGGAGAUUUGAAGACAUGAAAAAGGAUAGGAGAGAAGUCCAGAGCAAAGUGAAUGUUAGUGCCAUGGCUGAGAUUCUAGCUUCCAAGUUCAAAGCUGACUUACAACCACCCCCACCUGCAAUAAAAAGAAUUACAUCCAAUCCCACACUUCUAGCUGCUCAACCUGCAAGUGAAUAUUGCUAUUUUUGUAAAAGAAGAGUGUAUAUAAUGGAGCGAAUGAGUGCUGAAGGUCUAUUUUUCCACCGUGGCUGUUUACGUUGUGAACAUUGCAAGACCAACUUACGACUAAGCAAUUACUCAUGUGAUAGAACCAUCACAGGAGAAGUGAGGUUUUACUGCUUCCGUCAUGUUGGAAUGAUGAGACAGAGAAGAAAGCGCAGUUUAACGGAAGAACCCACAAAGGAUGAACAAGAUCUGACACCAGGCACAUCACCACCUCGUAUACCACCUUUGGCAGAAACUUACAAGAACACACCAAGCACGUCACCAUCAAUUAAAAAGAAAGGUGCUCCCAAAGUCAAAGACGAUUCUCGAUUGAAUCUGAAGAAUACGCCUGAAAGAGUAGAAUUUGAGAACUAUAUCGAAGGUGUAUCAGAGGAGACUGAAGAAGAACAGUUUGAACACAAUUUGAGACCCUCAUUAUCAUCUCAAGAACUUCUGGAAGCAAGUGACGAAGAAGAGAAUUCAAGUGAUUCUGAUGAAGAACUUUCCGAUCUGGAGCUGUCGGACUUUCUGUCCCAGUGGACUAGUGAAGAUGACGCUGAUGUGGAAGACUUGGACGAUGAUGCCAGUCAUAUCCUUACUUGGGAAGAAGCCUGCCUGCUUGCUGAAACAUUGCAAGAGAGACAGGCUCGGGAGAGCAUCCCCAGCAAGUUAGCUGAUAAGUGCAGGCUUCAGCUAGAAGACACUGACAGCACAGAAGAAUCUAGUGAUGAUGAAACAGAGACAGAGAAAGGUUUUUCAUCUGAUGACGCUGAUGACACAAUGAAAGAUCAGACAACACCUGACACUGAAAAUAAAACACUAUUAGAUGAAAUGGCUGAUGCGAGGACAGAUCAGCGAUUAUCCAGAUUGCGACCUACAUCGAAAGUUGAGCCUUUAUCACCUCUUCGCUCUCCGACUAGUCCCGCUAGUCAAAUGGAAGCAAGAGCCAAAUUUUUUGCAUCACCCCCAGAGCCAGUUCGACUCGAUGCCAAACUGCUCUUUGGAAUCGACAAAUCUGAAAAAGCAGGUGAGAAGACGCCGACAUCGACUGAAAAUGUUAAUAAUGCUAAAGAUGAAGCUGUCACACCAAGCACUACUGAUGUUACCAUUGGUCAGGCAUCUGAUGCGGUGGUCACUAAAGUAGAAGAUUCUAAUUUGGAUAAAGAAGCUUUAAAAGAUGCCAUUGCCAAGUCUGAUAUUGCUGUGGAGGAAGAUUACUUUGAAGGAUCUGAAGAAAGUGAAACUGAAACUUUGGAAGAGGUAGCCUCUGAAGAAGCUGAUACCAAUGACGAAAUUGAUGAUAUCAUUGAGGAGAAUGUAGAUGACAGAGAGGCUGUCGGUCAAGCCAUGGAAGAAGUUCUAACAAGUCUUGAAAGAAGGUCUUCCAGUAGCGAGGAAGAGGGAGAAAUGACUCCUGCCAAAGCUUGGGAAGGCAUGCAAGACGAUGAUGACGUCUUCAUGAAAGAGAGCACCAAUAUUAGAGAUAGCACCUACAAUGGUGAACCCAUGGAAAAUGGCACCUAUGAAGACAAUGAAGUUGUUGCAAAUGGCACUUUUGCUAAUGAAGAUAUCUACAAAGGCAGAGCUGUUGAAGGUGAUGUCAUUAAAGGUGUUGCCAUUGUAAGAAAUACUGUGGAAGAUGAUAAUAUUGGUGAAAACAUUGAAGAUGACAACAUUGUGAAUGACACUGAGCAAAUUCUUGAAGCUGAUGUAAAAACCGAUGUGUUAGAGGAGAUGAAGGAGGAGGAAUUACAUCUAAAUAAUUCCAGUGAUGACGAAUCGAAGAGCACAGAGACAACAAACACAGAAAAAGCUGUUCUUCGAAGUGUUUCUGCCAUGUCUGAUGACACUAUUGUUGACUCAGAGGAUAGCACUCUGCAGUCUGUACUCCGUAGCUUAGAAAGAAUGGACGAGCCAUCAACGCCAGUUUUAGAAUCAGAGCCUUGGAACAAACUUGAUGAAAGAUUCAUUACCAAAAGAAAGAAGAAACCCAAAAAAGAUGAUGGUGGAUCUGGAUCAGACACCAGCUUUACACUAUCGACACCAAGUAAAUCAAUUCACUCUUCUUUAAGUUCUCUUAACGAUGCAUUGCAGUACAACAAACAAAUUCUGUCAGAAACUGCUGCCAAUAAUUCUGAUAAUGAACUCCUCAACGAGUUUCAGCAAGUUAUAGAAGAAAGACUCGAUGAGGUUAAUAACGAAGCUGAAAACAUUGCUGUUGAGGAGGCACCACAAGAGGAUGAUGUUACUUUGAUUGAAAACACAUUUUCUGAUCUUCCAGAAGAAUCGGUGAAGGCUGAGGAAGAAUUGCAGAAAAUCAAGGUAAUAGAUGUCUCUGUGGUGUCAAAAGAUGAAGAUAAAGUUACAGAACCAUUACAUGAAGAAAUGGAAGUUGAAGAAGCACCAAAGAAUCUCGAAAUGGAAUUGGAAGAAAUCUCUAAAUUCCCAGAAGAAAUUGUUGAACAGGAGGAGGACGUUAUUGUUAAUAAAAAUGUCAAUGCUAAUUUGGAAAUGGUUGAGAAUGAAAGCGAGCAAAUAUUAGCAGACCUUAACAAUGAGAAUCUUCCAGUGUCCUCAACUAGGAAUGAAGAUAUUACAGAGUUGUUGGACAAUGAAGUUCCCGAGAAAACCCCAAAUGAAAUAAUUAAUGAUCUAGACAAGAAAACAGCAAUUACUUCUUCACAUAAACUGCUAAAUAAAACUGAAAUUUAUGAGUCAAAAGAAACUGAAGAGGAGCCUUGUAGUCCUAGAGAGGAAAAAAUGGUACAUUCUGUAUCUGUAACUGAAAAGACCAAGCAGAGUAUUCCACAAUUGGCUUUCUCACCAAAAAAGAACAAAUUAGCUGAUAAAAAGCCUUUGUUGGUUGACAUUGCUGAUAGGCACCCUCUUUUUGCUAACAAGAAACCUACUGUGGAUACUCUGAGUAAGGUUGAUGUUGAAAGCAGUGCUGCUGCUAUACCUACAACUACUACUAUUACCAGUACACCUACUACAACUACAACUAGUGUUACUGCUGAUGAUAAUGAGGAUGCUGCUAAUACUCCAACAACACCUACUGAAGUUAAAUAUAGAAAUUCAAUACCCAUAAAACCGCCUCGGUCAGCUCGGCCUCUGACCACUGAAUUUGAUUCUCGACGUCCUCUCUCUGACCUUAUUUUAGAAAGCCAACCUAUAGCUAUUCCAUCUUCUGACAGAAUCCAGUCAAAUAAAACUAGUGCCAACAAACAAGUUACACGAGCUUCUUCACUUCCGAGGGAAAGUUAUAUGGAAAAAUAUCUUUCAAGUGUUGAUGUUGAAAUGAGAAAGAAACCUGAAUAUUUGUGGAAAGGUGAUAAUAAAGAUAAUUGGAAACGUUACUCGGAUUUGCCUGAGAACAACGGUAAUUAUGAUAUGACAGUUGUCAGUAAACAACUUCCUGACAAUAUCACCAGGAAAAAUUACUCUCAUUCAAAAAGCUUAGAUAGAAAUUUUGUUGCUGGAAGUCGGGAAUUAUCUCCAGCACCAAAAGCUACUUUAGAUGAAAGCCCAACUGAUUUAACACCUGUUCCAAAGCCUCGUCGUAUUUUACCAGAAGUUACUGAAUUAAAAAGAAGCCUUCCACCUUUGAAGCCACUAGCUCCUACUCCGGCUUCCAGAACCUCUUUAAAAGCUAAAUCUGCUGGGAGCACUCCAGUAAGCACAGCUACCAAAGAACCUGAAGAAAACAAAAAACAACCUUUUAUUCCAACUAAGUUAGAAGAAAAAAUGAAACCUAAUGCUUCUUUGACUGUGCCUCCUGAAGGUAGGAAUGACAAAAGGCGUAAGAUUCCUGUAGAUGCAAGUUUGAAGAAACCUCAAAAAGAAAACCAUCUUGAUAAGCAAUCUAGUGUUGUAGAAUCUAUUGAUGAUAUUCCCUUUGCUGAUGAAAGCGAUAGUGAUGCUCUGACAACUAUCAGCAUCAGCUCAGUGGAACAGUUCCCUGGAACUCUCAUAAAAUCAAAGCCGGUCCGCCGGGUAUCCCAUUCUGCAUUUAAGAAAAGGAUAUUGCCAGCGGCUCCGAAAAAGGAACCAGCUUCCCCCAUUGUACCAACUAAUUCAACAAAACCACCAGAACCAAAGAAAAAGGAAAGAGUAAUCUCUCUCACCAAGAUGAUUCCUACCAACAAACGAGACAGUUACAACCAAGACAUUCCAGCGUCGGUGUUAUUGUCUACGCCUUACACCACAUCUCCCUUCUGGAAGAUGUCACCCACUCCAAAUACACCCAUUCCGAGUACCUAUUCAGACCAAACCCCUGUUAAGCAGCAAUCCCUAACAACAAACCAGUCUGCAUUCAGUCCAAAAGUUCCCAGCCCCACACCAAAACCCUUCCUAAGUUGGUCACAAUCUACAAGCACUAAGAAACCUGAAAAGCCUAAAGAAGGGACUCAGUCAGAAGGUUCUUCAACUGCAUCCACCCCAAAGAAAGAAAAGAAACGGUCCUUAUUGUCUAUGUUCUUGCCAAGUAAGUCUCGUAAUAAGAGUACCAGCAGUGGUUCUGAAAGCUCUGACAAGCAAAAAACUCCAACAUCAAGUAAAGAGAAGAAACUAGGGCAAAAACCCAGCAAAACUGUAAAUGAUAAAAAAGACAAAGGAAUAAAACAUACUGAUUCUAAAGAUCUAGAUUUUGAUCUUAGCAGGGACAUGACAGACCUUAGUAUAAAAUCUGUUUUCCAUGUAAAAGACCGGCCACAUAUUACACCAGAGCAAAAACUGCGCAUUUUGGAAAGUGGGCUCAAAGCAAUAAUUCCACCAAGAGGAGAUGAUGAGUUCUCGGAUUCUGGAGAAAGCUUUUUAUCAACUGAUACAUCUGUAUCAAGAAGAUCAAAAUUGAGCGAUCCGAAAAAGAUCCAGCAAGCUGCUCGGAAGCAACAGAAACGCCAGCAACAACAAAGACUGCGCAGGGCUCAGGAAAUACAACGGCGGUUAGAAGAAGUAGAUGUGCAACAGAAAGAAUUGGAAGACAGAGGCGUUAUUGUUGAAAAAGCUUUGCGGGGCGAAGGUCUUGAGUAUGGAAUCAUCAAUAUAUGUCUGGCAUGUGCCUUUACUCCACUGCAAGGAAGAGGAAUCAACCAGAUUUCAACCCUUCUCAAAGGACAACAAAAAGCUGGUCGAAACGAGGGUGAACUCAUGCAGGAAUGGUUCAAUCUUGUACACGAGAAGAACGUUUUACUUCGUUAUGAAUCUGAACUUAUGGUGCAAGCUAAAGAAUUAGAGUUAGAAGAUCGGCAGGCACGUCUUGAAACUGAGUUAAGGAACAAAAUGACAACAGAUGAUGAGAAGAGUAAAACCUCAGAUCAGGUUGAAGCUGAGAAACGAAUUCUUGCUGAACUGCUUGAAGUUGUCGAAGAACGUGAUGCCUUAGUGUCAAUGCUUGAGGAGGACCGACUCAGAGAGCGAGAAGAAGACCGAGAUUUAGAAGGCAUAAUGCUCACCAAGGGCUUCGAACUGUCUCCGCUCAGCUGCAUACGACCUCCGAAAGGACCAACACGCUUAGGAACAACUUCAUGAUAAAAGCAUUCUUCUCCAAGAUAUACCAGACUGUUGGAAACAUUUUACUUUUAACCUUAAAACAAAAAUAAAGAUAUUUUUAGUUUCAAAGCUCAAUUAGAUCCAACGCUAACCAAAAAAAAAAAAAAAAAUAAUAAUAAUAAUAAUAAUAAUAAAAGAAAUCGUAAACGACGGUUAUUCAGGGGAAGCAACUACCGUUGCCUUCAACCUGAUUGGAUCUACUCUCGAGGCUUUACAUGUAAGGGGGAGACAACUAACAAUUGUCAUUGUCUUCUACUUGCACGCUUUCUAUUAUCAUGCAACAUUCAGGUGGUUCAAAUUAUUGGGAAAAAAAAAAAAUCACUUAAUGAAAAACAAAAACAAAAAAAUGAAAAUAAGUGAAAUAUAUAUAUAAAAAAAAGGAACAAACCAUUUUUUUUUUUUCAUGAAAAUCCCCUCCAAAAAAAUGAAAUAAAUAAAAACGAAAGUAAAAUGAUAAGUUCAUUAUAAAUAUCAAAGAUCUUCGGAAAUGAGAGUCUUUCAGUUUCAAAAACUAUUUUAUACGUAAAAUAAUGUAUAGCUCUCCCUUUGUUUUUAUUGCCAGUUUAUUUCUUUGUUGGUGCACUACAGCUUCUAGACUGACUACAAUAAACCAAAUCAGUCUAGAUGCUGUAUGCUUUGUUGUGUGUCCAUAUCUCAAGCUUGUAGUAAGGAAAUUUGUUGGAACAAAGAAAUACUUCUUUCUUGUUAUCUUGUGUUGCCAGUACAUGUAUCUUUUAGCUCCCCGCCCUAACUGCACACUUCUUAAUUAUAAUAUUAAAUAGUCAGCCUGUUGCCAACUUAUCUUACAUUGAUAUCAUCAUCAUAGACAGAAAUUAAUGAAAAGUGGUUUCCAUCACUAAUUCUCACUCACAUUCACCUUCUUGGAGAUGUAACAUUUUCUUUUAUUUUUUGAAACUUCUUCCCAAGAAGAAGGGAGGGGAUACCUGUGACUUUGAAAUAUGUUUGAAUGAUUAAAAAGACGACCUAAAAAAAAAAAAAAAAUUUAUUUAUUUUUUAGUUUCCUACCUUUUAAUGCUGCUUUAUACCAUCUUAUUUCUUUUUAAUGAUCAUUUUAGUUAUUUUUAUUUCCCUCCUCCCUCUUAUGUGAUUUUCUUUGACUUGAAAAAAAAAAAAAGACCAAAUCAUGUAGAGUGCCAUAUACCAUAUUUUUACACUGGCAUGAUGCCAUAGCAAAUGUGGGUUGUAUUGGAUCUUUUCUGUUUAUGUGAUAGAUCAAUGUCAUUUAAGGCUUAGAUAGUUUGUCUAAACACUACUCUAUGUUAGGGACAUAAAUAGCAAUUCCUAAUGGAAAAUAUUCCAAACAACACAGCUGUCUUCAGGAAUCUAUAAUUUAUUCAUCCCAUAACACACACACAAUUAUUUCUUUCUAAAACUGCGAUGUUAAAACUGCAUAAAUUCAACAGCGGAUUAUCUCAAACAGUAUUGAUAUCCUUAACUCCAAGUGGAUAUCAUCGUUGAGUAAUCUGUUUGGACCAACUGUAAUAAUUAUUUCUCUUAUUUAUUUAAAAAAAUUUUAUUUUGUUUAAUUUUCGUAGCUGUGGCUCUAAAACGUCUUAUCUAUGCAAUAUCUUCUUGUGUAAAUUUGUGGUUUACUUCUAGAGGAUCUAUUUUGUUUUCCUUGCAAUUUGUUAUUUGCUAUCAUUCUCCAACCAUUCCAUCACAAAUAUUAAAGUGUACUUACAUUUUUGUUCAUAAGAAAUGGCGAGUUCCACAAACAAAAAAUAAUAUUCACCUGCCUCUUGCUAAUUAACCACUGUUGUGAUUCAAAGCUGGUAAUACAUUUGCGAUAUGGUGUCUGCUAGAGCAUUUUCCGUUUGCAAGAUAUUCUCUGGGUUCUUUAAAACUGUAGUAAACUACAACAAUGGACCACAAAAUAUUAGAACCAUAUUUUAGUAACCAUCUACUAUUGUAGCAUGUCUGACAAAUAUAAAUUUUUAUUAUGAGUCGAAUGCUCAUGUGUUAUGGCUAGGUUUUCUAGAAAAUAAAAAUGCAAAUUGUUAGUGAUAAGUUUUCAAUAUUUAAUUUUUAUUUGUGCAACUUUGGUUUGAUUCCUGCUGAGUGAAAAAAAAAAAAAACUACAGAAAUGAACAAUUCAACCGAAAGCUUUCCCUUCUGUUAAAGACUGAACCAAUUUUUAUUUUAUAUUACUUUGCCUUGCUAGAAAUUUCAAAUGUUUCAAAGCUACAAAACCAACUGAUUAGUUUAUCAGCAAAGCUAUUUAAUUAGUUGUAAGUAUAUGCAUUUUGUCUGCUGUUUUAUGACACUUGCACUGAUAUGUUUUUAAGAAUGUGAUAAUCUAUUUCAACAUAUGUGUACAUAUUGUGACAAAACAUAUUGUAACUGCUUCACAAUAGUAGUAGCAUCAAUUGCUCACUACAUUUCAGUAAACUGUAGCCAGGUUUCUUUCCUUCCUCCGCAGGGGAAGAGCUCAAUCCCUCAGUCAUUCAUAGAAUGUUCAGAAUUAAUAGUUCAAAGCCUGCAGGAAACCAGAAAUGUUAUCAACUCCUAAUGGAUUCUUUGCUGUGGUACAGUCUGAAAAAUCGGACGCUGUUUGCUUUUUAUUUUCAUGGUCCAUUUUAUUCUUCAGUGUUGAAAAUCACGAUAGUAAGACAUAUGGGAACCGAAAUGGUCUGUUGCUGCACUUAUAUUGUUAUGCUGGUAUCUAGCAUGAUAAAUAUCUUUGUUCUUACAAUUCCAUGUCAAAGAAAUAAAAUGAAUAAACAAAUAAAUAAAACUGACCAAAUUCUAUUCAUGGUGCCACUGCAAACCUGAAUUAGUUUCCAAUA